AGUAUCCUAACUCUAUAAACCUUUUUUUAAUUCACAGCAGGGUAAACAUUAAUACAAAGAUGGCUGAAUCUGGUUACCACAGUAGAAUUGCACAAGUCCAUUCCGAUCGAGUCGUCACUAAAUUCCCGGAAGCUUUCUGUAAAGCUGCGCGAGUUGAUCAGAAAUAUGAUUUUGAUCCAAGAAUAAGACAAUCUUGUAGCAGUGAGAGAAUAAACAAUGUUAGUUUAAAGAUUUGUAAAAUGAUUAUAAUCGGUGAUGUCUCUGUUGGGAAGACGUCACUCGUGAAUCGGUUUUGUAAAAAGGCGUUCGAUAAGGAUUACAAAGCAACUAUUGGAGUAGAUUUUGAAGUGGAAAGAUUCGAGAUUCUGAAUACACCGUUUACGCUGCAAAUGUGGGAUACAGCGGGGCAGGAGAGAUUCCAAUGCAUUGCAGCUGCGUAUUAUCGUGGCGCACAUAUCGUUUCUAUUGUUUUUGAUCUAAGCGAUAUUAACACGCUCGCUAGCGCCACAAAGUGGUUAGAAGCAGCACAAAAAGAGAACAAAGGAGCGGGUGAGUUACUUGUUUUCUUAGUUGGAACUAAAAAGGAUCUCGUCGCACCACAAACUUACAAGGAGGUUGAAAAAGAAGCAAUUCAAGUUGCUAGGCAACUGAAUGCAGAGUAUUGGGCAGUUUCGGCAAAAACCAAUGAAAAAGUUCGAGACUUUUUCUUCAGAGUUGCAAGUCUCUCUUUUGAGGGAACCGUUUUGAGAGAAUUGGAAAAAAGGCAGUUUACACCUGUCAGUCAAAUUGGAGAUGGGGUUUCAAUUCAGUUGAAUAGAAACAAUCCACCACCACCCAGAAGCAGUAAGACGCAAUGCUGUAAAACAUGAUGAUGUCAUAGCUAAUGAUGUCAUCAAUAAUGAUAUGAUUAGUUAAGUUGUCAUAGGGUAAAAAAAUAUUUAUUUUUACCGUCAUUUAAAAAUUAAUGAUUUUCAAUGUAUUUAUAUAUAUAUUUAAUAUUUUUACCAGAAUUUGAAGGCAUAUAUAUUUAUAUAAAUUUCAUAUUUAGUUUCAUAUAUUUAAUCCCAAAUGUGUUACCAUAGAGCAAACUAAUGUUUUUAAACUUCAAAGGCCAAAGUUGAUGACAAACUAUAAUUAAACAUGUCUUGCCGAGCAAAAAUAUGCUGUUAGAGGCAUUUGAAAAUAAGCAAAUUGCAAAGAGUUCAAAAACCUAUGUCAUAGAUAAGAAAUUCUGAUGUAAAACUACCAAGUUUAUGAUCUAACUCCUAAAAUUCCAUAAAUGUAAUUUCCCACCCCAAAAAUACACUACAUGAAAAUAUGUCUAUACCCGUAUUUAUAAAAGCUUUCUAUACAAUACAAGUCUUGCGUUACAAAUAGAGUGUCUUAUGGAAAAUUCAACCCAAUAGCUAAUAAGUGUGCAAAUUAAUUAUUCAUUUUAAUUGACUAGGCAUAAAGAUUUUGACUGUAGUAAUAUUUGGUGCUUUAUUGAUUUAAUUCAUAUAUUUAAUUCAUGUGUAUAGUGUGUAUAAUUGGCAAUUUAAAAUGUUAUAUUUUUUUUAUAAGUUUGCGUAAAUAG